AUGUCGAGAAUCGACAAACUCUCCAUUUCUGGAGUUCGAUCUUUUAGUCCGUCGGUUAGAGAGGCUAUCCAAUUCAAUACACCCUUAACCUUAAUCGUUGGGUACAAUGGAUCUGGAAAGACCACCAUCAUCGAGUGUCUCAAAUAUGCCACCACCGGUGAGCUGCCGCCUAAUAGCAAAGGCGGCGCAUUUAUUCAUGACCCCAAGCUCUGUGGCGAGAAGGAAGUCAUGGCCCAAGUGAAAUUACAGUUUCGCUCCAUCAACGACCGUCAACAUGUUGCCACGCGAAGCAUGCAGCUGACGGUAAAGAAAACGACUCGGUCCCAGAAAACUCUAGAUUGCUCACUUGUCGUGGUGAAUAAUGGCGAGCGAACGACUACUUCUACAAGACAGGCGCAACUUGACGAAAUGAUUCCUGAGAGACUUGGCGUCUCGCCUGCCAUUCUCGAUGCAGUCAUCUUUUGUCAUCAAGAUGAGUCUCUGUGGCCUCUAAGCGAACCUGCUGCCCUGAAGAAGCGAUUCGACGAGAUUUUCGAAGCCCUCAAGUACACCAAGGCCAUUGACAAUUUGAAGGUGCUCCGCAAGAAGCAUGUUGAGCAAUUGGGCAAGCUGCAAAAUGAUGAAGCGCACAACAAAACAAAUAAAGACCGUGGCGAGAGGGCUGAAAAGCGAAUGACUGGCUUGCAGGCCGAGAUUGAGGAUGCUCGAGAAAAGUGCGAAUCUCUCUCAACUGAGAUGCAGGAAACUCAGGAGAAGAUUCGCCAAAAACAUGAACAAGCCAACAGUUUUCUUCAAAUUGUUCAAAACCUCAGCAACAAGAAGGAACAGCUGGAAUACCGUCAAGAUGCCGUAAACGAACUGAGACAAACGUUUGACGAGCUCCACGAUGAUGACGCAUCCCUCGAGACCGCACUCUCUCAGUACGAACAGAGCAUGGAACGAUACCGAGAGGACGCCGAGCAAAACAAGUCGCAGUAUAGCGAACUGCAACAAGAACUUGUUGACUCUCGCAAGAAUCUUUCCACGAAACUCUCCGAACAGGGAAAACAUCAGUCGGAUAAGGAUAAAUAUGAGCGACAAGUCAAGGCUCGCAUGGAGAUGAUACAAGAAGCUGCAGCUACGCACGGCUUCCGAGGCUUUGACGAGAACCUGACGGAACAGCAUGUCAAAUCAUUCAACGAAAGGAUCCAAAAACUUCUGAGCGAGAAAAAGCGGGAUCUUGAGCGCUUACAAAAAGACAACGCCGCAGAACUUGACAAGGCAACUGGCGUAAUUACGGACUUGGAGGGCCGAAAAGCUGCCAGAACUCAGGAUCGUGUGUCGGCAAAGCAACGCAUUGGAGCCAUUGAAAAGCGCACUGGUAUUCUGCAGAACGAGGCCAGUCUGAUCGAUGUUGAUGAAGGGGCCAAGGCCAUCUUGGAGGGUCAGCUCGAGGAUAUUGGUGCGCGGUUCGACAGGUCGCAAGCUGAGAUGGAAAAGUCCAAUUGGGACAAGCAAAUAUCCGACGAAAAUGACAAGCUGUGGCAGCUUGAGAAUGAGAACGAGAAAUUGGGCCGGGAACUUGUUGAAUGCACUCGUCUUGCAUCCGAAAGGGCACAGCUUGAUUAUAGAAAGAAGGAGGUGGCCGACAGGAAACGCAAGCUUGAGACGCUAACUAAUACUUGGAGGCCCAAGCUUUCCGCGGCGAUUGGCAGUGAUUGGGAACCUGACGCAUUGGAACCAAAAUUCCAGACUGUUCUCGCCCAGCAGAAUAAGUCACUCCAGGAUGCUCGCAGGAGUCUGGAUCAAAUCAAACAGAAGCAGCAAAAGGUGGAGUAUAAGCUCAAGAAUGCUCGGGAAUCCCAAGAAUCCAAGACUCGAGAUGCGGAAAAGUGCAAACAACAGGUACUGGCGGCCCUUCGCGAGGUUCGAGACGGCGCAUCCAUUGACGAUUAUACGGAAGAGGUUGCGUCAGUAGAGCAGCAGGUGGAGGAUCUCCGAAACGAACUGAGUCUGUUUGACGCCCUUUUCGAUUACUACAACAAGUGCAAGCGAAUGCUCGAAUCCAAAAAGAAGUGUCUUCUCUGCGAACGACACUUUGAUGAUAGUCAAAGUGCCAGCUUGGACCGCCUGAGCAAAAAGAUUGAGAAGAAUCUUGAUCCAAAGGGCAAGGUUGACGUAGAGAAAGAUCUCAAGGAGGCUAUGGCUAGUCUGGAAUCACUACGUUCAGUUCGUUCGAGUUAUGACACUCACGAACGUCUCGUUUCAGAGCUUCCAUCUAUUCGUGACGAGUGCAAGACGAUCGAGAGCGAGUAUGAUGCUCUUGAACGACAAUUGGAAGACCAUGAAUCUAGAGUUGCUAGCGAGGAUGAGCGGGUUCGCGAUUUGGAUGACUUGUCCAAGACAGUUUCAACCAUGGCCCAGCUGGUCAAGGAUAUUCAGGACUCGGAAGGCCAGGUGGACCGCAUAAUGUCACAGCAAAUGUCUGGCGGAGUCACCCGAAGUGCCGAUGAAAUACAUGAGCUGCAGGCUAGCAUCGGAGAACAAAUGAGGGGGUUGAAGAACCGGAUAACGAAGCUUACCACGGACAGACAGCGCAUGAAGGACCAAUUGAGUUCUCUGGAGCUCGAAAGAAGCGAGCUCAGGAACAAGAUUGGACGUGCGGCCGGGCAACUGGACAAGAAGAAUGAUAUCCAGAACCAGAUACAGACACUCAAGGACGACAUGGCUCAUCAGCGGGAGACCAUUCAGCGAGCUGACGAGGAGCUGGAGAAGAUCGAACCUAGUAUUGUCGAUGCCAGGUCUGCUCGGGAUGAAACGCUUCGAAAGGGCCGCGGCAAGGAGCAGGUAAUUAUCGAUGAACGAGACGCCAUAGCCAACUCUGUCAGUGAAAUUAAAAUGCUCGACAGCGACAUACAGGACUACAAUGACCGCGGCGGGCCGUCAAACUUGGCUUCAAAUCAGCGGGCAAUAGCAGCACUGGAAAAGUCCAUCGCCAACACCGAAAAGGAAAUUGCAGACCUGACCGUGCGAGCAAACAAGUUGAAGCAAGACAUUGACAGUGGUGACCGCAAGAAGAAGAACAUCAGCGAUAACCUGAACUACCGAAAACACCUGCGAACGCUGGAGGUUUUGCGACGGGAGAUUGAAGAGCUUGAGGAUCGUAACGCUCACGAAGAUUACGAGCGCCUGCAAAGCGAAGCACGCAGUCUCGAGAACCAAUCCAACCGCUUGCUUGCAGAACGAGGAUCGGUCAUGGGCACCAUGAAGACCAAAGACGAAGAACUCGGCAGACUCCUGCAAGAAUGGGAAAUGGACUACAAAGGGGCCAAGCAAAAGUACCGCGAGGCUCAUAUCCGCGUGGAAACCACCAAGGCCGCCAUCGAAGAUUUGGCGCAAUGCGGAGCGGCCGUCGACAAGGCCGUCAUGCAGUUCCACUCCAUGAAGAUGGCAGAGGUGAACCGCAUCGCCGGCGAGCUCUGGCAGUCGACAUACCAGGGCACCGACAUCGACACCAUUCUCAUUCGUUCCGACAACGAAUCCACUUCCGGCAAACGCAACUACAACUACCGCCUCUGCAUGGUCAAGCAAGACACGGAGAUGGACAUGCGCGGCCGCUGCUCGGCAGGCCAAAAGGUCCUGGCGAGCAUCAUCAUCCGUCUCGCGCUCGCGGAAUCCUUCGGCGUGAACUGUGGCCUGAUUGCCCUCGACGAACCAACUACAAACUUGGACCGUGACAACAUCAAGAGUCUAGCAGAGUCUCUGCACAUGAUUAUCAAGACGAGACAGGCGCAGAGUAAUUUCCAACUCAUUGUGAUUACGCACGACGAGGACUUCUUACGACACAUGCGAUGUAGCGAUUUCUGCGAUAGUUUUUUCCGCGUGAAGAGGGAUGCCACGCAGAACAGUGUCAUUGUAAGGGAGAGCAUUACCAAAAUAUUCUAG